CCCAAAUCUCCUCUCCCCUGCUGUGGCCGUGGGGGCUGUGCCCAUGGUGCUCAGCGCCGUGGGCUUCACCAGCGCAAGAAUCGCGGCCUCCUCCAUUGCUGCCAAGAUGAUGUCUGCUGCGGCCAUCGCCAAUGAGGGUGGCAUUAGCGCGGGCAGCUUGGUGGCCAUUCUGCAGUAAAUGGCAGGCUGCCAUGGCAUUGAUUAGGGCAGGCAUCGCGGCCUACUCCGUGGCCUCCAAUGUGCUGUCAGGCGUGGCCGUGGCCAGCGUGAGUAGGAUCAUCUCUGGCGGUGCCCUGACUGCCCUUCCAUCAGCAGCGGCAGCAGCCCGAGCUGCUGCAGCUGUGAUCGGAGGAGCUGCAGCCGUGGGGGCUGUGCCCGUGGUACUCAGCGCCGUGGGCUUCACUAGCACAGGAAUCGCGGCCUCCUCCAUCGCUGCCAAGAUGAUGUCCGCUGCGGCCAUUGCCAACGGGGGUGGUGUUGCCGCGGGCAGCCUGGUGGCCACUCUGCAGUCACUGGGAGCCACUGGACUCUCUCUGUCAAGCAAGUUCAUCCUGGGCUCUGCCGCGGCUGCUCUCCCGUUCUUUGCACGGGUUUAGCCAUCGCUCCCUGCCCCUCCCCUCCAGAGAAGACGAUGGCUGAGGGCCCAAAGCCUACCCAACCUGGCCCAGCGAGGGGCUCCCAUGCUGCCCACUACCAGUUCCCGGUGACAAUGUGCAAAUGUUGUACCCCACACUCCCCAGCAAAAUAAGGAAUAAAGGCAAUUGCUGGAACACC